AUGUCGUCAAUUCCUAGAUUUCCAUUCCCAGUUGCAAAAACCUACUGGCCAUAUGCUGUAGGAGCUAAUUGGUCAUAUUUUGUUGGAUUACGAGCACAUAAAUGUUGUAAGGACUCAGGACUCUGGAUUCAGGACUCAGGACUCAGGACUCUGGACUCAGGACUCUGGACUCUGGACUCUGGACUCUGGACUCAGGACUCAUUACCUGGACCACUUUCUCCCAUGAACCCUACAAUUUAUUUGGAUCGAGUUACUAACUCUUAG